AUGAGCAGCAAGUACUUUGAGAGCAAGAAAACACCAGCUCUUUACAGGAAGCGUUUUACCCCAGAGGAAGAUGAACUUCUCCGUAAACUCGCUAAAGACAACACGAACAAGACAUGGCGUGACAUUGCAAAACACCUUCCAGGAAGAAGUGCAACACAGUGCAGAGAUAGAUACAAUCAAUACUUAUUCCCAAGCGUUGUUUCGAAACCUUGGACUGCAGAAGAAGAUAAAAUUAUUGUUGAAAAAUAUAAACAAUUUGGCCCACAUUGGUCAAAGAUUUCGGAAUUCCUUCCAGGACGUAGUGGAAGCAAUAUCAAGAACAGAUGGAACGGAGCUUUAUCGCGUUACCAUGGCAUUCCUCAUAAGAAGACCAUACUUGAGCGUAGACAGCCACGUAAUAUAUUAAAUGCCCUCUCACAAUCAGAAUCACCGAUUUCUUCUCCUCCAUCAUCUGAUGGAAGCUCAAGUGACGUUCAAGAUUUAUUUGAUCAACUUACUGAAGGUUUCAUUCAGAACGAAUAUGAGGGAUUUGAUAUUUUCAAUAGCUGGGAAGAUAUGUUUAUGUAG